AUGGCUCCUCCUCCCGCCGCCGAGACCAGCGCCUCGCCGAUUGGCAUUGCCAAUCUGCCCAACCAGCGCCACAAGAUUGUUGCGAAGCGCGGCGCCGGCUUCACUAUCAUGGUAGUCGCUGGCGAGUCUGGCUUGGGAAAAACUACCUUCAUCAACACCCUGUUCUCGACCACCAUCAAGAAUUAUGCCGACCACAAGAAGCGCCAUCAGAAGCAGGUGGACAAGACGGUCGAGAUUGAGAUUACCAAGGCUGAGCUCGAGGAGAAGUUCUUCAAGGUCCGCCUCACCGUGAUCGAUACCCCCGGCUUUGGAGACUAUGUCAACAACCGCGACUCAUGGAUGCCCAUCAUCGAGUUCCUCGACGACCAGCACGAGUCCUACAUGCUUCAGGAGCAGCAGCCUCGUCGACAGGACAAGAUCGACCUCCGUGUCCACGCCUGUCUGUACUUCAUCCGCCCCACUGGCCACACCCUUAAGCCUCUCGACAUAGAGGUCAUGAAAAGGCUGAGCUCGCGUGUCAACCUGAUCCCCGUCAUUGCCAAGGCCGACACGUUGAGCCCAGCGGAUCUCGCCAAGUUCAAGCAGAGGAUCGUUUCGGUGAUCGAGGCUCAAGGAAUAAAGAUCUACCAGCCACCGAUCGAGGAGGACGACGAGGCCGCUGCCCAGCAUGCGCGUAGCCUUAUGGCUGCUAUGCCGUUCGCCGUUAUCGGCUCGGAGAAGGACGUCAAGACUGGCGAUGGCCGCAUCGUCAAGGGUCGUCAGUACUCAUGGGGUGUUGCCGAAGUCGAAAACGAGGAUCACUGCGACUUCAAGAAGCUCCGCUCCAUCUUGAUCCGUACCCACAUGCUUGACCUCAUCCACACCACUGAGGAGCUGCACUACGAGGCGUACCGCGCCCAGCAAAUGGAGACCCGCAAGUUCGGCGAGGCCCGUCCCAGGAAGCUCGACAACCCCAAGUUCAAGGAGGAGGAGGAGGCGCUCCGCAAGCGCUUCACCGAGCAGGUCAAGAUCGAGGAGCAGCGUUUCCGCCAAUGGGAGCAGAAGCUCAUCGCCGAGCGCGACCGUCUCAACAAGGAUCUCGAACAGACCCACGCUCAGAUCAAGCAGCUCGAGACAGAGCUCGAGUCCAUGCAAGGAAGCGCUGUUCGCAGCCACGGCCGUCGUUAA